AUGGUCGAACUGCUCCGAGCUGUCGGCGCGCUCGCGCAAGACGGUGUCGCAUUUAAAACCAUCUGGUCGCGACUUACCCUCUUCUCGCUUUCUUCUCACCCUCCUACUCACGCCCUCACGCACCCUCGCGGCGACGGUCUGAUGCCUACUGUAGUCCGCCUGGACGUCGAGCUGAUCCUGCAAUGUGUCGAUGGCACAGAAGACGACCGGAACUGGAGACUAGUCCUUCGAGCACUCUCUCCGCGUCUCCUGCUCCAGUUGGCAAUUGCCGAUGGUGCCAUAUUUGGGUACGACACUCUCGCCGACCUACGUCAGCAGGCCAUUCCGGCCGGCGAGGAUGAAAUGAUUCUCCGAUUCAAGGAUGCAGCGUUGGACCAACCGAUCUUAUGGAAAUGCACGAGGACUGGCGGGGUGACCACCGACCCGAUGCCGAAAAGCGCAUUUCUCGCGAUUUUCAAGAGUACACUGGUCAACGCCGGCUACUUCUGGAGCUUGUCCAUCCACGCCAUUAGGCGGAUGUUGGGAAAAGGGCGACACACCGCUGUCGAACGCUCACAGCACUUGACGCAAGCCGAUCUUUUGCUCUCCCCGCCGGCAACACCACUCGCAUACGACUGA